AUGACAUCAUUGUGCUGUUGCCAGGGCGACAACCUGCUGGCGCUGGCCGAGGCCGUGGUGGCGCUGGCCGAGGUCCUGGAGCUGAAGGCGGAGCCGAGCGGCGCCGUGGAGGGGCUCAUCAUCGAGAGCCGCUCCGACAGGGGCAAGGGUCCUGUAGCGACGGCCAUCGUCCAGCGGGGGACAUUGCGGCGCGGCUGUGUCCUGGUGGCGGGGACGAGCUGGGCUAAGGUCCGCUUCCUGUUUGAUGAGACGGGCCGAGCGGUGGCGUCGGCGGGGCCGAGCGCCGCGGUGCAGGUGGUCGGCUGGAAGGACCCACCGUCAGCCGGGGACGUCUUCCUAGAGGUCCAGUCGGAGCAGCGAGCGAGGGAGGCGGUGGCGUGGCGGAGCGACGCCGCGGAGCAGCGGCGGCUGGCGGAGGAGCAGGACGCCAUCGAGCUGAAGCAGCAGCUGCACCUGGACGCGUACAGGAAGCAGAGGGAGGGGCUUACGCACCUGGGCUGGAGGCAGAGGAAGGCAGCGCUGUACCGGGAGCACAGGAAGCAGGUCGCCCUGCGGCCCAGCGAGAGGACCCCCAGGGAGGGGCGGAGCCUAGCACUUAUCAUCAAAGGCGACGUGGACGGCUCGGUGGAGACCGUCCUCAACAUCCUGGACACGUACGACGCCCAGCAGCAGUGUGAGCUGGAGCUGCUGCACUUCGGCAUCGGAGACGUGUCCGAGAACGACGUCAACAUGGCCGCCAUGUUCGCAGGUGACCACCUGGACGCCUAG